CGCGCCGGGUCCCGGGGCGCAGCCCCGACGCUCAUUGGCCUGGGCGGCGCAGCCAAGCUGUCAGCCCAUGUGGCGUGGCCGCCCGGGGAUGGCCGCAGUUUAAAUAGCGUCGGCACCGGCCUAGAGGGAGCCAGAGAGACGGCCCGGACCCGGCCUCGCUCCUCCGCGCGCCAGCCUCGCUCUCGCCGCCAACACCGCCCGCACCCAGACCAGAGGAGCCAUGGAGGAGGUGGUGAUCGCUGGUAUGUCCGGGAAGUUGCCAGAGUCAGAGAACAUGGAGGAAUUUUGGGCCAACCUCAUUGGCGGCAUGGACAUGGUCACAGAUGAUGACCGAAGGUGGAAAGCUGGUCUCUACGGCCUGCCCCGGCGGUCCGGUAAGCUCAAGGACCUGUCCAAGUUCGAUGCCUCCUUCUUCGGGGUACACCCAAAGCAGGCACACACAAUGGAUCCCCAGCUGCGGCUGCUGCUGGAAGUCACCUACGAGGCCAUUGUGGAUGGAGGCAUUAACCCAGCCUCACUCCGCGGGACACACACCGGUGUCUGGGUGGGCGUGAGUGGGUCCGAGGCCUCAGAGGCCCUGAGCCGAGACCCAGAGACGCUCCUAGGCUACAGCAUGGUGGGCUGCCAGCGUGCCAUGAUGGCCAACCGGCUGUCCUUCUUCUUUGACUUCAAAGGGCCCAGCAUUGCACUGGACACAGCUUGCUCCUCCAGCCUGCUGGCCUUGCAGAGCGCCUUCCAAGCCAUCCGCAGCGGAGAGUGCCCUGCCGCCAUCGUGGGCGGCAUCAACUUGUUGCUGAAACCCAAUACCUCUGUGCAGUUCAUGAAGCUGGGCAUGCUCAGCCCUGAGGGCGCCUGCAAGUCCUUUGAUGGCGCAGGGAAUGGGUACUGCCGCUCAGAGGCUGUGGUGGCCGUCCUGCUGACUAAGAAGUCCCUGGCCCGGCGGGUAUAUGCCACCAUCCUGAAUGCUGGCACCAACACAGACGGCUUCAAGGAACAAGGCGUGACCUUCCCCUCUGGGGAGGCCCAGGAGCAGCUCAUCCGCUCCCUGUACCUGCCGGCUGGGCUGGCCCCCGAGUCCCUUGAGUACAUUGAAGCCCAUGGCACAGGCACCAAGGUGGGUGACCCCCAGGAGCUGAACAGCAUUGUCCGUGCCCUGUGUGCCUCCCGCAAGGACCCGCUGCUGAUCGGGUCCACCAAAUCCAACAUGGGACACCCAGAACCUGCCUCAGGGCUCGCAGCCUUGGCCAAGGUGCUGCUGUCCCUGGAGCAUGGGAUGUGGCCCCCCAACCUGCACUUCCAUACCCCCAACCCGGAGAUCCCCGCACUGCACAAUGGGCAGCUGCAAGUGGUGGACCGGCCUCUGCCCGUUCGUGGCGGCAACGUGGGCAUCAACUCCUUUGGCUUUGGCGGCUCCAACGUGCAUGUCAUCCUGCGGCCCAACACACAGCUGCCCCCUGCCCCGUCUGCUGCCUCACCCCGCCUGCUGCAGGCCAGCGGCCGCACUCCUGAGGCCGUACAGGGUCUGCUCGAGCUGGGCCAGCACCACAGCCAGGACCUGGCCUUUGUGUGCAUGCUCAACGACAUUGCCGCCACUCCUGCGGCCGCCAUGCCCUUCAGGGGCUACGCUGUGAUGGGCAGUGAGGGCAGCUGCCAGGAGGUGCAGCAAGUACCCGCUGGCGAGCGCCCGGUGUGGUUCAUCUGCUCUGGGAUGGGCACACAGUGGCGCGGGAUGGGGCUGAGCCUCAUGCACUUGGGCGGCUUCCGGGACUCCAUCCUGCGCUCCGACGAGGUGGUGAAGCCACUGGGCCUGAAGGUGUCAGCACUGCUGCAGAGCACAGAGGAUAGCACCUUCGACGACAUCGUGCACUCCUUUGUGAGCCUCACCGCCAUCCAGAUUGCCCUCCUGGACCUGCUGAGCUUCAUGGGGCUGAGGCCUGAUGGUAUCAUUGGGCACUCCCUGGGCGAGGUGGCUUGUGGUUAUGCCGACGGCUGCCUCUCCCAGGAGGAGGCUGUGCUUGCAGCCUACUGGAGGGGCCAGUGCAUCAAGGAGGCCAAUAUCCCGCCAGGAGCCAUGGCAGCCGUGGGUUUGUCAUGGGAAGAGUGUAAACAGCGCUGCCCCCCUGGCGUGGUGCCUGCCUGCCACAACUCUGAGGAUACAGUGACCAUCUCAGGACCACAGGCUGCAGUAUCUGAAUUUGUGGAGCAGCUGAAGCAGGAGGGCGUGUUUGCCAAGGAGGUGCGGACGGGCGGCAUGGCCUUCCACUCCUACUUCAUGGAGGCCAUCGCGCCCACACUGCUUCAGGCACUCAAGAAGGUGAUCCGAGAGCCACGGCCCCGUUCUGCACGCUGGCUCAGUACCUCCAUCCCCGAGGCACAGUGGCGGGGCAGCCUGGCGCGCACUUCCUCUGCUGAGUACAAUGUCAACAACCUGGUGAGCCCUGUGCUAUUCCAGGAGGCUCUGCGGCAUGUGCCCGAGCACGCGGUGGUGCUGGAGAUCGCCCCCCAUGCCCUGCUGCAGGCUGUCCUGAAGCGAGGCCUCAAGCCCAGUUGCACCAUCAUCCCCCUAAUGAAGAAGGACCACAGGGACAACCUGGAGCUCUUCCUCACUGGUGUGGGCAAGGUCCACCUUGCAGGCAUCCAUGUCAAUCCCAAUGCCUUGUUCCCACCUGUGGAGUUCCCAGCCCCCCGGGGAACACCCCUCAUUGCCCCCCACAUCAAGUGGGACCACAGCCAGACGUGGGAUGUACCUGCCGCAGAGGACUUCCCCAACGGCUACGGCUCCUCUUCUGCCACUGUCCACAACAUCGAUGCCAGCCCCGAGUCUCCUGACCACUACCUGGUGGACCACCGCAUCGAUGGCCGCGUCAUCUUCCCUGCCACCGGCUACCUGUGUCUGGUCUGGAAAACGCUGGCUCGCACCCUGGGCCUGGCCACAGAGCAGAUGCCUGUGGUGUUUGAGGAUGUGACCUUGCACCAGGCCACUAUCCUACCCAAGACUGGGACCGUGCCCCUGGAGGUUCGGCUCCUGGAGGCUUCCCGAGCCUUCGAAGUAUCUGAGAACGGCAACCUGAUAGUGAGCGGAAAGGUGUCCCCGUGGGAGGACCCUGAUCCCUCGCUUUUUAACCAUCCGGAAGACCCUAUCCCCGCUGACCCUGCAGCCUUCCGCCUGACACAGGCAGAUGUGUACAAGGAGCUGCGUCUGCGAGGCUACGACUAUGGCCCGCAUUUCCAGGGCAUCCUGGAUGCCAACCUCGAAGGCACCUCGGGCAAGCUGCUGUGGAGGGACAACUGGGUGACCUUCUUGGACACCAUGCUGCAGAUGUCCAUCCUGGGCUCGGGUGAGCGCAGCCUGCGCCUGCCCACUCGCAUCACCGCCAUUCACAUCGACCCCGCCACUCACCAGCAGAAGGUGUACACGCUACAGGGCGAGACCCGAGCAGCUGACGUGGUGGUGAGCCACUGUCUGAGCAGCACAGUGGCUGGAGGUGCUCGCAUCUCGCGGCUCCAUGCCUCAGCAGCCCCCCGACGGCAGCAGGAGCAGCUGGCACCCACCUUAGAGAAGUUCUGCUUCACGCCUCAUGUGGAGGAUGGAUGCCUGUCUGCAAGCACCGUCCUGCAGGAGGAGCUGCAGUUAUGCAAGGGGCUGGCACAGGCCCUGCAGAGCAAGGUGACCCAGCAAGGGCUGAAGAUGUCAGUGCCUGGGCUGGGUGGGGCACAGGCCCCCCAGGACCCCCCACAGCAGGGCCUGCCUCGGCUACUAUGGGCCGCUUGCCAGCCACAGCUGAACGGAAACCUACAGCUAGAGCUGGCCCAAGCUUUGGCCCAAGAACGGCCACUGCUACCUGAGGACCCCCUGCUGUGCGGCCUCCUGGACUCCCCAGCACUCAAGGCCUGUGUGGAUACUGCUCUGGAGAACAUGACCAGCCUCAGGAUGAUGGUGGUAGAGGUGCUAGCCAGCCAUGGUCGUCUAUACUCCCGCAUCCCAGCCUUGCUGAACACUCAUCCGAUGCUGCAGCUGAGCUACACGGCCACCGACCGCCAUCCCCAGGCCCUGGAGACCGCACAAGCUGUCCUGCAGCAGCAUGGCGUUGCCCAGGGCCAGUGGGACCCUACAGACCCUGCACCUGGCAGUCUGGGGGCUGCUGACCUCCUGGUGUGCAACACCGCGGUGGCAGCCCUUGGGGACCCAGCCGCAGCCCUCAACAAUAUGGCCGCCGCCCUCCGAGAGGGUGGCUUCUUGCUGCUACAUGCCCUUCUUAGGGGCCACCUCCUCGGGGAUACCGUGGCCUUCCUCACCUCCACCGAGCCACAGCUUAGGCAGGGCCUCUUGAGCCAGGACGAGUGGGAAAGCCUGUUUUCGAAGGCGUCACUGCAUGUGGUAGGCCUCAAGAAGUCCUUCUACGGCUCCGCUCUCUUCCUAUGCCGCCGGCUCUCCCCACAAGACAGCCCCAUCUUCUUGGCUGUGGAGGACACCAGUUUUCGAUGGGUGGACUCUCUGAAGAGCAUUCUGGCUGAUUCCUCCUCGCGGCCCGUGUGGCUGACAGCCACCAACUGCAGCACUUCAGGAGUGGUGGGCUUGGUGAACUGUCUCCGCAAGGAGCCUGGUGGGCACCGGAUACGGUGCAUCCUGCUAUCCAACCUCAGCAGCACAUCCCCCACCCCCGAGAUGUACCCAGGCUCUACAGAGCUGCAGAAGGUGCUGCAGGGGGACCUGGUGAUGAAUGUCCACCGCGAUGGGGCCUGGGGGGCCUUCCGGCACUUCCCACUGGAGCAGGACAAGCCAGAGGAGCAGACGGCGCACGCCUUCGUGAACGUCCUGACCCGCGGGGACCUCUCCUCCAUCCGCUGGGUCUGCUCCCCACUGAGCCAUGCCCCACCCACCAGCCCCAGCACCCAGCUCUGCACUGUCUACUACGCCUCACUCAACUUCCGAGACAUCAUGCUAGCCACGGGCAAGCUGUCCCCUGAUGCCAUCCCAGGGAAGUGGGCCGCAAGGGACUGCAUGCUGGGCAUGGAGUUCUCAGGCCGGGAUGCCAGUGGCAAGCGUGUGAUGGGGCUGGUGCCAGCGGAGGGCCUGGCCACGUCCAUCCAACUGUCACCGGACUUCCUCUGGGAUGUACCCUCCAGCUGGACCCUGGAGGAGGCAGCUUCAGUGCCUGUCGUCUACACCACAGCCUACUACUCACUGGUGGUGCGUGGGCGCAUGCGGCAUGGGGAGACAGUGCUCAUCCACUCGGGCUCAGGUGGUGUGGGCCAGGCCGCCAUCGCCAUUGCCCUCAGCCUGGGCUGCCGUGUCUUCACUACUGUGGGGUCUGCAGAGAAGCGGGCGUACCUCCAGGCCAGGUUCCCCCAGCUCGACAGCAGCAGCUUUGCCAAUUCCCGGGACACAUCGUUUGAACAGCACAUCCUGCGGCACACGGGCGGGAAGGGAGUCGACCUGGUCCUGAACUCCUUGGCGGAGGAGAAGUUGCAGGCCAGUGUGAGGUGCUUGGCUCAGCAUGGCCGUUUCCUGGAAAUUGGCAAAUUCGACCUUUCCAACAACCACCCUCUGGGCAUGGCUGUCUUCCUGAAGAAUGUGACCUUCCAUGGGAUCCUGCUGGACGCACUCUUUGAGGAGGCCAAUGAGGACUGGCGGGAGGUGGUAGCACUCCUGCAGGCAGGCAUCCGAGGUGGUGUGGUGCAGCCCCUCAAGCGUACCGUGUUCCCCAAGGCCCAGGUGGAGGAUGCUUUCCGCUACAUGGCUCAGGGGAAGCACAUCGGCAAAGUUGUCAUCCAGGUGCGGCCAGAGGAGCCAGAGACAGUUCUGGAGAGGGUGGAGCCCAUCCUGACUGCUGCCAUUGCCAAGACCUUCUGCCCAGCCCAUAAGAGCUACAUUAUUGCUGGAGGCCUUGGUGGAUUUGGCCUGGAGCUGGCCCAGUGGCUGGUUCUGCGUGGUGCCCAAAAGCUCAUACUGACCUCCCGCUCAGGGAUCCGGACAGGCUACCAGGCUAAGCAGGUCCGUGAAUGGAGACGCCAGGGCGUGCAAGUGCUGGUGGCCACCAGUGAUGCCAGCUCACCAGAAGGGGCCCAGGCCCUCAUUGCUGAGGCCACGCAGCUUGGGCCUGUGGGAGGUGUCUUCAACCUGGCCAUGGUCCUGAGAGAUGCUAUGCUGGAGAACCAGACCCCUGAGUUCUUCCAAGACGUCAACAAGCCCAAGUACAGUGGCACCCUGAAUCUGGACAGGGCAACCCGGGAGGCAUGUCCUGAGCUGGACUACUUUGUGGUCUUCUCCUCGGUGAGCUGUGGACGUGGCAAUGCUGGUCAGACCAACUAUGGCUUCGCCAACUCCACCAUGGAACGCAUCUGCGAGAAGCGCCGGCAGGAUGGCCUCCCAGGCCUGGCCGUGCAGUGGGGUGCAAUCGGCGAUGUGGGCGUUGUCCUGGAGGCAAUGGGCACCAAUGACACGAUCAUUGGUGGAACGCUGCCCCAGCGCAUCGCAUCCUGCCUGGAGGUGCUGGACCUGUUCCUCCAUCAGCCCCAUGCAGUCCUGAGCAGCUUUGUGCUGGCUGAGAAGAAAGCCACUGCCCACGGGGACCGGGACAGCCAACGUGACCUGGUGCAGGCUGUGGCACACAUCCUGGGCAUCCGUGACUUGGCUGCUGUGAACAUGGACAGCUCACUGGCAGACCUGGGCCUGGAUUCACUCAUGAGUGUGGAGGUGCGCCAGACCCUGGAGCGCGAGCACGACCUGGUGCUAUCCAUGCGUGAGGUGCGGCAGCUCACGCUACGGAAGCUGCAGGAGCUGUCCUCCAAGGUGGACACAGCCAGCGAGUCAGCAUCCCCUGUGCCCAGGGAGGGAAGCCCUGCCCGGCAGCAGGCCCAGCUGAACUUAAGCACCCUGCUGGUAAACCCUGAGGGCCCCACCUUGACACGGCUCAAUGCAGUACAGAGCUUGGAGCGGCCCCUGUUCCUGGUGCACCCCAUCGAGGGCUCCACUGCUGUGUUCCGCAGCCUGGCUGCCAAGCUCAGCAUCCCUACCUAUGGCCUACAGUGCACCCGAGCUGCACCGCUGGACAGCAUUCACAGCCUCGCCGCCUACUACAUUGACUGCAUCAGGCAGGUGCAGCCCGAGGGGCCCUACCGCAUCGCCGGCUACUCCUACGGUGCCUGUGUGGCCUUUGAGAUGUGCUCCCAGCUGCAGGCCCAGCAGGGCCCGGCACCCACCCACAACAGCCUCUUUUUGUUUGAUGGCUCUCAUACCUACGUACUGGCUUAUACCCAGAGCUACCGCGCCAAGCUGACCCCAGGCUGCGAGGCCGAGGCUGAGACAGAGGCCAUGUGCUUCUUCGUACAGCAAUUCACAGACGCCGAGCACAGCAGGGUGCUGGAGGCACUGCUGCCACUGAAGGGCCUGGAAGAGCGUGUGGCAGCUGCUGUGGACCUGAUCACCAAGAGCCACCACGGCCUGGACCGCCAAGAGCUGAGCUUCGCGGCGCUGUCCUUUUACCACAAACUGCGCGCUGCAGAGCAGUACACACCCAAGGCCAAGUACCACGGCAACGUAACACUGCUGCGCGCCAAGACAGGUGGUGCCUACGGCGAGGACCUGGGCGCUGACUAUAACCUGUCCCAGGUGUGUGACGGGAAGGUGUCCGUGCACGUUAUUGAGGGAGACCACCGCACAUUGCUGGAAGGCAGUGGCCUGGAGUCCAUUGUGGGCAUCAUCCACGGCUCUCUGGCUGAGCCCCGCGUGAGCGUGCGGGAGGGCUAGGCCUGGGUCCCACCCGCCACCAGACCGCACCGCCACUGCUCACCUGGCCACACUGUGGGCCGGGAGGGUCCUGCCGGUGGGACCCUGCCCCUGCAGCUGUUAGAAGUAGGCUGUCCCGCGUGUCCUCCUCACCUGCCACCUCCCAUGAGCACGCGGGGACCCAGGAGCUGUCGACUCGGAGAUGCCCAUCUAUGAAGAGCCAGCAUAGCCCGCAGGAGCCGGGCUGACCCUUCCAUGCCAAGUGGGCUUUGCCACUUGGUUGGUUUGUUUUUGUUUUUCCAUUUUAAUUUGUAUAUUUAUUGCGCCACUGGUAAAGCCCCCCCAUGGUCUUAUCCACUCUCUGUGAAGGUCCUGGGCUCAAUGUCCAUUUUGCAUCCUCAGUGCACACAGGUGGCCACCCAGGUCUGCCAGUGGAGCCCCUCUCAGCCUGACCCUCACCUGCUGGGUUGGCCAGCAGUCCCCAUGGAACCAGGCCAGGCCUGGGUGUCCCGGCUGCCCCAUGAAGCAGGCCAGCCCUGCGGACCGCACCGGGCCCCUACUCCAUGUAUGUCUGUUAUCUGUUUUUCAAGACAAUCCAGACUGCUGCUCAGAUACUGAAACUCACUGUAAUUGUCAGUGCAAAGAGUUGUGUCUGGAUCUUGUUUCAUUUUUACACCAGUUUGGUAAAAGUGCUGCUCUCGAUGCCUCGUCCUUCCUGAGCCUCCCCACAAAUAAAUCACAUGUGAUCUCUGGC